AUCUCCAACUUUUAUAAGAUUAAAUCUCAAACUUUCUUAGAACUUUGUAUUUCAUAAAAUCGUCAUCAAUGAUGACUCAUGAGGAACUCGAGCGAAGAAUUUCUGAGAUUUCCGAGAGCCUUUUGUCCAUUCUUUCGCCAACAACUAUGCAGCAGGAUAAGAUUUUGGAUAAGAUCACGAAGAUCGUCCGAAAUGCGACAAAAGAACAACUUUUGUCACAUGAUCCGCGUGUGCUCGUAAUAUGCAUGUUAAGGAUUAUGUUGCGUUACGAGGAUCUGCUACGCGAGGACCGGCUAUGUGAGUGGAAGCGUCGACGAAGAUUCAGAAUCGCACGAGACUGUUACCACGGUCUUUUGAAAACUUAUCUGCCAGAGAAGUCACGAGAGGUGGUGGAGGCGGUCGUAGAAACCGUCUAUAAAGAUCGUCUCUGGGAAUUUGAGACCUUUUGUCACGAGGUAAUAUACAGUUUGCUGGACAUCAGUGCGGCUAACGGCGGUCUGAUUACCCACGCGAUCUGGGACAAAUUAUUGGAGACACCAAAGGAAGAUACACUCGAUGUUGAAGAUGCUCGUGGUAUUAUUCGGGUGCUACAAGAGCUGUUGGAUGUGCAUGAGUGGCCAGCGACAGACGACACGCUGAAUACGGUAGAUAGAAUACUCGACCUCUUCUACGCUAGCAUAGUUAACACACAAUCCACGACGAUAAUCUCCGGCAAGCUGUCUUCAGCAUCGUUUCUCGCAAACCUCAAGAAGAAUUUGGAGGUCUGCCUGAGAAAUACGAUCAAGCACUUGCCGAAUGAGCAUCUAUUGCUGCUCGUGCAGCGUAUGUGCUCAUGGACAGUAGCCGCCAUUGCAAACGACGAAAUUGUGUUGGAGUUCGGCAGCACCCUGGAAUAUGCCGCCUACACGCAUCGAACGGGUCUUUACGAGCAGACCCUCACGCCGGCAAUUUUUCCAUUAUUAAUGCAAAUGGUGGGCUCAAGUAGUCAGCUGACCAGUCUGCUAGGUAAUCGGGUGCUGCAGUAUUUGUUAGAUCGCAAAGACAACCGAAUGCUCUUCGAUACACCCAGGCUGUUCUUCGAACAUACCCAUAUUGAUCUGCGUAUCGGUAUGUGUCAUAAAGAAGACCGAGUAUUCCUCAAGUUGCAUCGCGAGUCACUACACGACAAUCUGCUGAGAAGUUUGCUGAACCACUCGAGCUCGCGGAUGAACUUGGAGACUACUUAUUGCACGUUAUGCCUGAUAGCUAUUGAAAUCCCUUGUGGCUUCACCGCCGCCACCUUGGUCUGCCUUGCCAUGAAUCUGCAGGAGAUUACCUUACAGCAACGGAAGUCUUACGCGGAUGUGAUGACCUUCCACAUACACGCCACGAUUAUCUCCAUUAUGUCUCUGCUAUGUUGGAUACACCAAGCCAAAGUGUUUUACAGCUAUGUAAACAGGAUCAUGAUGGAACGGGCGCAAUGGGCGCCACACCUGAAUCCACCCAUUCAGUCUCAGUAUAGCUUCGCGGUGCAUCAUGUACUCUGGAAGAAGCCGGAAUUAUUCUUCGUCGACUGGCAAACACGCUAUGGCCUCUGGAAGUGUUUUCGUCUGGGUGACAAAGCCUCGUUAAUCGACGAAUUGUAGAUCUAAUUGUCCAUAAAUUUAUAAAUCUACAACCUCGAAGACUCGUAGAAACAGACUUUUACAAAUCAAGUCCAUAAAAGGAAGGAUUUAGACACAAAAAAAUCAUAAGACUAAGCAUUUAUAAAUAGAAGAAUAUAUGGAAUCAAGAGUAUGAUUAUAUUUUUAAAAAGUUAUGGAAAUAAGAAUCUGUAAAUCGCAGAGUUUCUAGAUCCAAGAAUUUGAGAAAU